AGGAGAGGCAGAGGCUGUGUGGGACACUCCCUCCUGGUUAUGGUCUCUUACGCACUCCAAACUUGAUUUAGAGGUGGGACACAUUCAAAGGGCACACACACACACACACACACACAACCAGCUCACAGCUCUUUCCAGCAGAUGCUCAAACCCUCCCAACAGACGCUGAUUGUCUGUAGAUCAGCUGCCACAGGGUUGGGGAUUGUGGAGGAAACAGAACGGAUUAAUAACUGAGGUCGCCUCUCCAAAGGAUUACAGACAGGAAACCGUUUCCUUGAGAAAUCUUUUUUAAAAAAUUGGAUUAAGAAGGACAUCUGGAACCCAAGAGACGUGUGGGUGGGAAACGGUCCUGGAUGGAUGAGUAAGUAACCGAGGGAGAGGUGGGUUACAGCUUCCAGAGGCGGCGGAGACAGCAGAGGUUCCUGAUUGCUCCACAGCGGAUCGGGAUUGGACUCGUGAGAUAUCUGGUUGUUGUUUGCCUGCUGAGCUUUGACUCGCUGCAGGUGUGAACUCACUUUACAGUUUCCUCUCAAAGUCGAAAAGGGACUGCGAGCAAAUCGGAUGAUACAGCUCUUAAAUCUCACUCCUGUCUCUGCAGCACCUGCUCUUAUCUUCGAUUGCUUUUCAUCCUCCAAGUUUACAGCUUCAAAGAGGGGACAGAUUUUCCAGCGGGCCGUUGUUUGUCUGCAUUGAAACACAACAAAAACAGCCCUGCUUGUAAUUAUGCCCCUGCUUUCAUUAUCUCUGUUCCCUCUACGCUACUAGAGGUAAGGGAGAGAGCGUGCAGUGGUGUGUGUGUGUGUUUUUUUUUUUUUUCAGGAUUGGAGAAGGUAGAAGAGGAAGAGAGGAAGGCAAAGGGGGGAGGGAGAGAUAAACAGAGGCAGUUGAAGGCAGUAAACACGUCUCGUCCGUGGCCGGCUCUCCUAAACACAUCAGGCAUAAAUCAACACUGCAUUUCUCUGCGGUGACUCUGUGAGACAGGAGGACCAACAGUCUGGCAGUGAGGGGACAGACGGACUGACAGGCUGGACCCAGAAGGAGACACAACGACUGCUGGUCUGGAAACGCUGAAGAGACUGAAAUCAAGCAACUCGGGCAGCUGAUUUGAGCUUUGGAGAACCAGCGGUGGUUUUCCAGCGCAGGAGAAGAAUAAAGAGCAGCUCAGCUCAUGAGGGAAACCACAGCCAUGGCCUCAGAGAUCUCCUACCGCUCUGAGAACAUGGAAAGUGGCAGCACCUACUCCCGCUGCUGCCUCUGCACAAGGAGCAGCAGCAGCUACAUGCAGCGGCGGCCCGCCUGCUCCUCGGGCCCCCGGCGACCUCUCCUCCACCCCGGCACCCUGCUCCUCCUCCCCCUGCUGCUCUUGCUGUCCCUCUCCCUGUGGAGCCAGCAGGCCGAGGCCGUGGUCCACUCCAGUUUCCGCCGGCUCAGCGGCCGUGAGAAGAAGGAGAUGCAGAGGGAGAUCCUGUCCAUCCUGGGGCUGCCGGGCCGGCCCAGGCCCCACCCGCCGCUCAGACCACCCUCCUCGGCGCCUCUCUUCAUGCUGGACCUCUACCACGCCGUGUCGGCCGAGGGGGACGAGGAGGGCAACGCCGUGCCCGGGAACGGAGCUGGGAUGGGCAAGUUUGGGGCGGCGGACGGGCACGCUGCCCUGCCGACCCUCAGCACGCACACACCGCCGCUCGGGACGGUGGUCAGCGAGGCCGACACGGUGAUGAGCUUCGUUAACCUGGUGGAGCAGGAGCGCGACCUGCUGCAGCCGCGGCCCUACUGGAAGGAGUUUCGCUUCGACCUGACGCCCCUCCCUCAGGGCGAGACGGUGACAGCAGCAGAAUUUCGCAUCUAUAAGACCCUGACCAUGGGCCAGAGGGCCAACCGCACCCUGCACAUCUCCGUCUACGAGAUCCAGCGAGAGAACAGACACAGAGAGCCGGAGCUGGUGCUGCUGGACAUGCAGUCGCUGCCCGCAGGACAGGAGGGCUGGCUGGCCUUCGACGUCACCUCGGCCUCCAACCGCUGGCUCCUGCACCCCCGCAGCAACCUGGGCAUCCGCCUCUACGUGGAGACCGAGGAGGACCGCUCCUUGUCUGCGGGCUGGAUCGGUCUGGUGGGACGCAGGGGGCCUCGCUCCAAACAGCCCUUCAUGGUGACCUUCUUCCGGGCCAGCCAGGCGCCGUGUCGCCCGCCCCGCGCCCUCAAGCCGCACCCCCGCAAGAAGAAACCCAAAUACGACCUCCCUGUGCCCAGCAUUCACGACCACAGUCAUGCAAACAGCGGGCGCCAGGCGUGUAAAAAGCACGAGCUCUACGUCAGCUUCAGUGACCUGGGAUGGAAGGACUGGGUUCUGGCUCCCACCGGCUACUCAGCCUACUACUGUGACGGAGAGUGUCUGUACCCGCUGGGCUCCUGCAUGAACGCCACCAACCACGCCCUCAUCCAGCAGGUGGUCCACCUCCUGAAGCCUGACGAGGUCCCCAAGGCGUGCUGCGCCCCCACCAAGCUCAGCCCCAUCUCCGUGCUCUUCUACGACGACAACAACAACGUCAUCCUCAAGAAGCACCGCAACAUGGUGGUGAAGACCUGCGGCUGUCUAUGAUGGGCGGCUGGGCGACUUCAGCGGCCGGGGCGCGGACUCAAGUCCGGUCCAGGAACAAACAA